UGAGGACAGGCAUCGACAAUUGUCAAACGUAUUGUCACUGUUAUGUAUGGCCAGUGGCACAUCUAGGGCGUCCGCUGUUUUCCCUUCUGUUUUGGAGGUCAAUAGUAUUUUCCAAGACUCAAGACUACACCCGACUUUUUCAAGCCUGGAGUGAAUUAUAUGUCUAUGUUGCAGCGCAAUGGGUGAGACAACAACAAUGUCUGGACUCCUGCAAGGGAGCGAAGUGGUUGGGACCACACUUGAAGCUUCGAAGUUGUAAAGAUCACAACUUGGCUAUCGAUACCAUACGGAAUGACGUGUUCAAGCUUACACUCUGAUUAAGGUUGACGCUAGGCCAGAUAAGCGCGAAGUUCGGUUAGCCAAAUUACGAACGCCCUCAAGCGCUUUGGUCUAUUGACGGCUCGAGUUCGGCUAAGUGUUUGUAACUUCCAUGGUAUCCACAUCCACAUACCACAUUACCUAUUUUCCCGCGCGAGCACGAUGUGAGCCGGUGUUACUCAUUCUAGCAGAUUCGGGGAUCCAGUUUGAGUACGAAGAAGUACCUCUUGCGAAGUGGCGGGGGAUGAAGAAGACAGGCCAGGUUACGCCCGCGAUGUUUCCAUACGGCGGCGUACCUGUUCUCCGAGUAACAGACAAAAGCUCUGAACCAAGGAGCGAAUUUCUGCUCGGAGAGACCUCAGCUAUCCUGUCUUACCUCGAGGAGAUACUGACACCGCUAGGAACUACGCUGAACAAAGACCUCCCACUCCAAACCCGUGUGCGCAUACAGAUGAUCAAGGAAGCAUCUUUGUACUUCACCAACAGGGUAUGGCAAUUGAGUGUGGAAAAGGAUUGGCUAGCACCACUAUCACGAGAUAAGAUUUGGAAAGCAAUCACUGUACGAUACCUGCGCAACACAGAAGCCGCACUCAGAGAACUGCAGAAGGAGAUGAAAGUAGUGCCAGCAGAGACGGGCCAACUGACUGCGCUUCAUGCAACAGUGGCGGCAGCUAUCACGUUUAUAACGCAAGUGUUCCCAUCUGCCAAGCGGGGGUUGACGCCCGGAGGGAAUUUCCCGUUGUGCGGGCAAUUAUGGAUGGCAGUUAUGACUCGCCCAAGGGUUGUUGCUUAUUGGAAUGAACAUAGGAUUGCCGGUAAGGCGUGGACAAUAACGGAGUACGGGACAGCAGAGUGGAUUGCAAGAGAAGCAGCAAAGUUUGACUCGCCGAGCUUGCUGGCCAAGUUAUGAGAUGCAGAUUCCCCGAGUCCACGUGAUAAUGUUCGAUGAUCAGUUCACGCACACGUCGCGUUUAUAGGAGACUUACCGUACCGACGUAUCAUAUCAUGUCUCUUAAUGGUAUAUGUAUGUCCCGCCAACAUUAUAAAUGUCAACGACGUGACCGCCGUAAAUUUGUCGUGCAUCCCGCAAGCCUCUUAUAUCCGA